CAGAAAUGGCUUCUUCAGUCCUCUCCUCCACCGCAAUCGCCGGCCGCGGCGCCAGCGCCGCCCAAGCCACCAUGAUCCCACCGUUCACCGGACUCAAGUCAACCGCCGCCUUUCCCAUCACCAAGAAGUCCGCCGACAUCACCUCCAUCGCCACCAACGGUAGCAGAGUCCAAUGCAUGCAGGUGUGGCCCCCAACUGGGAACAAGAAGUUCGAGACAUUGUCAUACCUCCCAGACUUGACUUACGACCAGUUGUAUAAGCAAGUAGAGUACCUCAUCAGGAAUGAAUGGAUCCCCUGUCUGGAAUUCGAGUUGAGAAAGCAUUCGUGUACCGCGAAAGCCACCGGUCGCCGGGGUACUACGACGGGAGAUACUGGACGCUGUGGAAGCUGCCGAUGUUCGGGUGCACGGACGCGGCGCAGGUGCUGGCGGAGCUGGAGGAGUGCAAGAAGGCGUACCCCAACUCCUGGAUCCGUCUCAUCGGCUUCGACAACAUCCGCCAAACCCAGUGCGUUUGUGUCAUCGCCCACAAACCCCCCACGCCGCCGCCUUCUUAAUUCGUUGAUUCCGUUCAUACAUAAAUGUGGUUGGCCGCCGGAAUGUAAUCCGGCCCGCCACCUAUCACCGAUCUCCUCUGUUUUCAUUUCUUUCCCUGUAUUUCACUUACUCCGUAUACUCUUAUCUCCCUAUCUAUGUACGCACAUAAUAAUUAAAAAAUUAAAACUGCCUCGUCUUGUAUUUUAUUCUAUGAUCUAUGAUGAUAAGGGUGGACCCAAACAAUUUAGAUUGGAC